AUGUUCCUGAGUCUCCUUCGCCUCUCCGUGGUCCCGCGCAGUCCUUACUCCAGAAAUCGCAUCACAGAAUUGGGUGUCGAUGCUCCUACCAUGAGCCCCGACCUUCGAAUAAUUUUAGCGAGGAUGGUCCUGAGAUUGUGUUUCUUUCUCGUUGAGGCCCUAUUCGUGUUUGAUAUCGUCCUCUGCAUGAACUUCAAUUUUAAAGUCGACAGACGUCGCAAAAGCCUCUCCUAUCAAGAACGGCCCUCAUUCCCGUCACCAUCACCCAGCUACAUUUUGUUUAUCAUGGCAACUAUUCUAAACAUGGAUUUUUCCGUUCCAAAUCCCCAUCUGUAUGAAGGCCCUUCCGACCAGCUUUCUCGAAACUGGAGAAAAGCAUUGGCCAGGGAACAGGCACACAGCCAGGGACCGUCGAAUGGUCCACGCGGGAUAAAUACAAGAAACGGAAGAGCGGAUCACACGGAAGGCUGA